UAACUUUCAAAACACACAAAAAUGAGCUCUACAAUAUUUUGCUCCAACGAGACAGUGACUCUCGAAAGAACUAUCGAAAAUACAGAUCAGGAAAUAAAGCUCGACGAAAUCUGGAACGAAGCAGAGUUACAAAGAUGUACAUCAUGGAUCAAAACGCACGCUUUCAAAAAUGUUUGUCUCCAAUUCUCCGACGAGCUCCUAACAUUCAGCAUAAAAAUCACCGCAGAAAUCCGUGAAAAGAGCGAAACAAAUGUCUUCAUAUUGGGCGAUACGAGUUACGGGGCGUGUUGCGUCGAUGAAAUCGCAGCUUCUCACAUUCAAGCUGACGCAAUAAUUCACUUUGGAAAUGCUUGUCUCUCAAAAGUGACUCGAUUGCCCGUUUUGUACGUUUUUCACAAGUUUUCCUUUGACACGGGAGAUUUUUUGCAAAAUGUUGAAGCUCAAGUAACUGAUCGCGAUGCGAAAUUAAUGGUUUUUUACGAUGUUGGAUACUAUUAUGCAAUCGACGAUGCUUUCGCUGCUUUAAAAAAAGUCUUUGGAAAUGCACAAAUCGGUAAAUUAGCAAUUGAUGGAGUUGAACCUGACAUUCUGUGUUGGUCAAUGGACAAAUCAUCAACAGAGGAUUUCACUUGCAUCUACAUCGGCAACGAUAAUCAAUCGUUUUUUAACAUCUCCAUGGGUAUCAAAUGUCAAAAAUGGCUUUUAUAUAAUCCUCGAUCGCGUGAAUUACGUGAAACAACCAUCGCAGAUUCUCGUUGGAUGCGAAAACGUUACUUUUACAUCGAAAAAUGCAAAGAUGCACAAUCCAUUGGUAUCGUCGUUGGCACGUUAACAACAAAGGGAUAUCUGGAAAUGGUACAUCACAUUCAGGAAAUGGCAAAAAAUCGUGAAGUUCGUUCUUACAUGAUCUCCGUUGGCAAAGUAAAUCCCGCAAAAUUGGCAAAUUUCAUGGAUAUCGAUUGUUUCGUGCUCGUUGGAUGUCCCGAAAACACGUUGUACAACUCAAAAGAAUUUUACAAACCACUCGUUUCAGUUUUUGAGAUUGAAAUGGCAUGGAAUCCCGCAUGGAAAGAUCAACUUCCCGACACUUAUUGCACAGACUUUACGCAACUCUUGCCAAAUGGAAAGCUCUAUAAACGAGAUGAAAACGCAAAAUUCGACGAAAAUGACAUCAGUUUAGUAUCGGGACGUGUAAGGCAUAUCGCUUCGGGUGAAAAACCCGAAAAUGGAUGUCAACAACUUCAGGAAUUGUCGAAAAAUCAAGUUGCUGUCACGCAAGCUGCUGAUGUCUUUAAUGAAAGAUCAUGGAAGGGACUUGAUCCGGAAUUGGGUAAAAAUGAUCCUGCCAAAAUUGAACAAGGGCGAAAAGGAAUUGCCAUCCGAUACGAGGAGAAUCCGAAAUCUGUGGAUUUUUAAGACUUAGUUUUGUUAAGUUUAGUUUAGAAUUGGUUAAAUUUAUUAAAAAUUUUGCACCAACGAAUAAGUCUCUCAAGGUCUUCUUGCAUUUUAAUUGGAUCUUCCAUAUCAUUUAUUUUUCAAAAAGUUUCAAUUCGUCAGCAAAAAGCAAUGUAUGAUUUAAAU